AUGCCGCUCGAUGCUAGCCAGACGUUGGGCGUCGAGGUGCCCAUUCCUCCUUACCUGCUCCUCCCGCUGCUCAAUUCGCCCUUGCAAGGCGAUGCCAACGCAUCUCCCUUCAUCCCAACACUGCCCAUCACCACGACGUACAAAGAGUGGACGCGCACCACGCACUUUCUGCCCGCCGCAUUUCCUCGCGCCCACACGCUUUGCGUAGCUCCAGCCUUGGCACGUCCCACCCUUCCCACAUCCAAGGACCACGAGCGACAGUUGCGCAAGGACGAGUUUGGGCGUUGGAGAGAUCACUGGAAAGGAUUUUCUGCAGAGGAUUACUUUCCUGCCAGGUCGGAGCGGGAGGCCAAUGAGACAGCACAGAGGUUGGCCCAGGAACAACGGUCGACACCUCUUUGGAAUGUGGUGCAGAGAUGGUGCAGGAGAGAUUGCGAGGUGCCAGAGAAUGGGCUGAUCCUUAUUGCUGCUCAUGCCAACGGCAUGCACAAGGAGGUGAGCGGGGGGCGCACAGAGCACAGCCCAUGCAUCGCAAGUUGUCAAAGUCGCACAGAGCAAUGCGCUUACGGGACGACUGGCUGCUGGCACUUUCAGACCUUUGAGCCGUGCUUGGAAGCCUUGAUACACCACUCCAGCACGCCCAUAGCUGAGAUCUGGUCGCUCGAUACCAUCGACUCUGGCUUUUCCGGUGUGGUGAAUGAGGGUAAGCUGGGCCCUUCAGGUGAGCAGUGGAGCUCUGCGGACCCCUUUGGAUGAACUGGUGUCGUUGACUCGCUUGUAGUAACUCUUCACGACGCGGACAGCGUCUUGGUGUGAUCAAGCGAGAGAUCUCCUGAAUCUCAUUCAUCACUUGCCAGAACCCGGACAAGAUGCUUCGGAGGUGCUGAGAAGGAAAGAGAAGGGAGGUUAUGCAGGCACGAGACCCAUAGUGGGCAUCGGACAUAGCUACAGUGAGUCACAUGCGUACGUGGAGACAGUCGAUCUCGAUGGCCCGUCUCAAGACUGCUGACUGAAGUAUGAAUGCUUGCGCUGGAUGCAUCCUCUUCCUGUCUGCUCCACCUGCUCCGACUCUUCGAGUGCAGGCGGCUCCGCAGUUCUUCGCUUGGCCUCAGCCGUUCCCACAGCGCUGGACGGAAUCAUCUUUAUCGAUCCCGUUCUCUUGCGACCCGAAGUGCUCAGCAAGCGACCCAAGCCCGAGUUCAACGCUCGAGGUCAGGGAGCAGUGGCAAGACGCGACGUCUUUUCGGACAGGUGAGGCAAAAGUCUUGUCCUGCAGGGAAUCUGGUCCAUUGACCCUCCCAACCUCCCACCUUCGCUUUUCCCCUGAUGACGAUCAUCGUAGGCAAGAAGCGAUGCGAUAUUUCCAGUCCAGACCUUUCUUCAGCAAGUGGGAUCCUCGAACGCUUCAAGCAAUGGUAGAACAUGGUCUAGUACCUCUAGAUCCCAUCUCCGCGCCGCAAGGUGCCGUGCGGCUAGCCAUGCAUCGAGCCAGGGAAGCGGCAGUGUUUGGUCAAAGUUGGCAAUCCACCUUGUCCUACGCUUCCGGUCUCAUCAAGCGGCACACUUGCAAAUUUCACGCCGUCCUCAUGGCCAAUUCGGACCUGAUCACCGACGGCUUUGCGGACAUUACGUUUGUAAAGGAUAUCAAGGAUUGGGGCGGUACUAGCCACAUCAUGCCCGGAAAUCACCUCGUGGUGCAAGAGCAGCCGGACAAGCUGGGUGAGCCAGACGUCUGGCUACGCGUUCUUCAUGCACAAGAGCUCAUUCGCGCUUUCGCGCCCCUGCUUUCAGGCGAACAUCUCGCUACAGUGCUCGAUGCGUGGUACGCACAUCGACCCAGUUUCGAGGCUAGAUUAUGA